UGYGCUGACUCAGGCACUCACACACCUGCCUGCCGGCUCCUGGCCGCUUAAAGCACAAGGAGCUGCUGCCUGCUGCUCCUCUGAACACAUCCAGCAGCUUUGGCACCUGGCUCAGACGGGGAGACACCACCAUGGGGCUGUUCUACAGCAAAAGCCAGACAGAACCAUCGCCAUGCAACUUGCUCACCGUAAAAGUCAUACAGAUGAAAAAUGCCAGAAAAGCAGAUAUGUUAAGUCAGUCUGAUUGCUACGUCAGCCUGAGCCUGCCAACAGCUUCAGUGCAGCAUUUCCGCACCAAGACAGUCCCGAACAACAAGAACCCAACAUGGAACGAAACUUUCCACUUCACCAUUCAGAGCCAGGUUAAGAACAUUCUGGAGCUAAAAGUUUGUGACGAGGACAACCUAACUCAAGAUGAUCAUCUCCUCACUGUUUUCUUUGAUGUCUCCAAAAUCCAGCUUGGAGAAAACAUUCAGCUAAGCUUCCAGCUGAAUCCAAAGGGAAAAGAGGAGCUGGAGGUUGAAUUCACAAUGGARAGCAGUCCAGAUCCUCCUGAAAACAUUGUCACUAAYGGAGUUCUAGUGUCCCGAGAGGUUUCCUGUUUGGACGUGCAGGUGAACGAUGGGAGGCUGAGGAAGGACGCUAUGGAGAGGAAGUUUGCAUUAACUGUGGAYGGGUCGUAUGAAGGAACCCAGGUGCACACGCUGAGCUCCUGCCUGUGCCCGACGUCCCCWGCCAGGUUCCACUACAUCAAGUACAACCAGUCGGAGCUCACUGUGGCUCUGCCGCGGCGGAGGCAGCUCAGCAGGUCUAUAUCAAAUCAAAAUGAAAGGGAUAUGAAUGAAUCUGUGACUCUACCUCUGAACUCGCUUCCUAUACAAGAGAAAAUAACAAUAGGAGAGGACAGGACAAUUGACUUGUACACAAAGGCAAAUGAAUGGACUCAGGGUCUGUGUUUCAGGCCAAGAAACCUUGAUGCCCGCCUGGGGUUUGACUUAUGCACAGAUGAACAGAAUUUUCUGCAAAACCGAAAGAAGGURGUUGCUGCUGCCCUAAAGGAUGUUCUUCAUCUGGAGGAAGAUCUGCAAGACCAUGAGGUGCCUAUAGUGGCUGUGACCACAUCAGGAUGUGGCAUAAGAGCACUCACUGCCAUGUAUGGCAGCAUUUUGGGUCUGCAAAAGUUGCGUGUUCUGGAUUGUGUCUCAUACAUCAGUGGUUCAUCUGGCACAACAUGGACAAUGACAAAGCUGUAUGAAGAUGCUGACUGGUCACGUAAGGACCUUGGGGAAGUCAUUGUUGAAGCACGGAAGCAAGCAGCCAAAUGCAAGAUGGGGGCUUUUUGCUUGAAAAGUCUGAGGAAUUAUUACAGAGAGCUGAGCCAAAGGACCCAAGCAGGACAUAAAACAUCUUUUAUUGAUCUGUGGGGGCUCAUGAUUGAAUCCAUGUUAAAUGAUGGGAAAAGCCACCACAGACUUUCUGAUCAACGUCAGGCAGUGAACCAAGGCCAGAACCCACUGCCCAUCUACCUUGCCCUUAAUGUCAAGGACAAAGUUACCACUAAAGAUUUCAGAGAGUGGGUGGAGUUCACGCCCUAYGAGGUGGGCUUCCUGAARUACGGCGCCUUCAUUCGUGCRGAGGAUUUUGGCAGCGAGUUCUUCAUGGGUCGCCUGAUGAAGAAGCUCCCUGAGUCCCGAAUCUGCUUCAUGCAAGGAAUGUGGAGUAGUAUCUUCUCCAAAAACCUCUUGGAUGCCUGGCAYGCAGCUGACAAUUCAGAAGACUUCUGGCACAGGUGGACCCAAGACAAAGUGACUGAAAUAGAGGARCAACCAGACCUGCCUGAGAAGCCGUAUGAGAUGGCUACGUGCGUUUUCACUCCCACGAGYGGCCUCUCCACCACGCUCCGGGAUAUCCUGACGGAUCGCCCCGCUGUCUCCAAGUACCACAACUUCCUAAGGGGCUUCCAGAUGCACAACGAGUACAUCCARCAUGAACAUUUCACCAGAUGGAAAGACACUUUGCUAGACAACUCUCCUAAUGACCUGAGAGGCCACUCAGACCACCUGGAGCUGGUGGAUGCAGCUUUCUUCUUUGAAACCAGUUACCCACCCCUUCUGAGACCAGAGAGGAAAGUGGAUGUCAUCAUACACUUAAAUUACACUGGUGGAUCACAGACCUUGCCCCUGGAGCAGGCUUGCAAAUACUUUGCCGAGCAGGAAAUUCCCUUUCCCUGCAUUGGGCUGACAGAUGAUGAGAAGAACCUGAAAGAGUGUUAUAUGUUCGAUGGUGCCGACACCCCGGGAGCUCCUCUGCUGCUUUAUUUUCCAUUAGURAAUGACACCUUCCAAGCAUAUGUAGCACCUGGCAUGGAACGUACCGCUGCUGAAAUGGAACAGGGCAAGGUUGAUAUCUCCAGUUUCUCUUCUCCAUACUCAACCAGGGAGGUCUCACURAAAGCAGAAGAUUUCAACAAGCUUCUGAAGCUGACUAAUUACAACAUAAUGAACAAUGAGAACAUGAUCCUUCAGGCCUUGCGCAUGGCUGUGGCACGGAAGAAACAAGCCCUGAGCCAGCAUGUAUCACAGGCACAGCCCUCUGCUUGAGCAGCAUUUUCCUCUCCCUUACUAUGUAUUUACAAGACAGCACAUAUGUGAUAAAUACUUCACCAUUCUUGGCAGGGGCCAUGUCUUUCUAAGUAACCUUCUCAAUCUGAUCCASAGUUGUGGUAUCAAACUCAUCAGUUUCUGUUGUUAACACCAUCUCAAGGUGAUGCUCAAAAGAUGAAGAUUCAGCUGUGUGCGAUCAGGAAAUAGCAUUACCUCUCCUUGUCUGCAAUCUCUUAUGGUCUUGGUGGCUAAUAUUGCUAAUACUUCUUCAUAUGGAAAAUAUUUUGGCAUUUCAUUGGGACUGUUGGUAGCAAAUCCACAAAGCCCUCUUCAGACACAGAAGGUAGUAAUCAUGAAGUAUCAAUUUGAAGCAUUUUUAAUAGUUUUAAUAACCUGAAUUAAACUGCCUACUUUUAUAAAGUUUUCUUUCCCAGGUACUUCUUUUUGGUCAUGAMUUCUUGUGAAAUAAAUAUUUUAUGAAGAUAUUUGAUUUUUCAAAUUUGUAUUGGAUAACAGAGAUAUGGAUUGGUGGCCAUUCUAGCUCUUUGAUGACAUCUUAUCAAUUAAAUCAAACUUACAAA